AUGGGUAAGGAGAAGACUCACAUCAACCUUGUCGUGAUCGGUCACGUCGAUGCCGGUAAGUCGACCACCACUGGCCACUUGAUCUACAAGUGCGGUGGUAUCGACAAGCGAACCAUCGAGAAGUUCGAGGCUGAGGCCAAGGAGAUGGGCAAGGGCUCGUUCAAGUACGCCUGGGUGCUCGACAAGCUGAAGGCCGAGCGUGAGCGUGGUAUCACCAUCGAUAUCGCUCUCUGGAAGUUCGAGACUGCCAAGUACUACUUCACCAUCAUCGAUGCCCCCGGUCACCGUGAUUUCAUCAAGAACAUGAUCACUGUACAACUCCGAUCCGCAUGGCUAAUCUCCGUGACUCUACUUCAGGCUGAUGUGGCUAUUCUCGUCAUCGCCUCCGGUGAGGGUGAGUUCGAGGCCGGUAUCUCGAAGAACGGUCAGACCCGUGAGCACGCCCUGCUCGCCUUCACCCUCGGUGUCAAGCAGAUGAUCGUGGUCUGCAACAAGAUGGACAACGUCAACUGGGCCGAGAACCGUUACAACGAGAUCCAGCGUGAGGUGUCGGGCUACCUGAAGAAGGUCGGCUACAACCCCAAGAACAUCCCGUUCGUCCCGAUCUCCGGCUUCCACGGUGACAACAUGGUGGACCGCACCGACAAGAUGCCGUGGUACAAGGGUCCCACGCUCCUCGAGGCCCUCGACGACAUCAAGCCCCCCAAGCGCCCCAUGGACAAGCCCCUCCGCGUGCCCCUCCAGGACGUCUACAAGAUCGGCGGUAUCGGUACCGUCAUCAUCCUCAACCACCCUGGUCAGAUCCACGCUGGCUAUGCCCCCGUGCUCGAUUGCCACACCGCCCACAUUGCCUGCAAGUUCAAGGAGCUCCUCGAGAAGGUCGACCGUCGUUCGGGUAAGAAGAUGGAGGACAACCCCAAGGCCGUCAAGUCUGGAGACGCCGCCAUGGUGCUCCUCAUCCCCUCGAAGCCCCUCUGCGUCGAGACCUUCACCGACUACCCGCCCCUCGGCCGCUUCGCCGUCCGUGACAUGAGGCAGACCGUCGCCGUCGGCGUCAUCAAGGCCGUCACCCGCAAGGACCCCAAGGCCGGUAAGGUUACCGCCUCGGCCAAGAAGGCCGGCAAGAAGUAA